UUCCUCAGAUAAUCAUUUGGCCUCCUGUAGCUCCUGUUUUUGUCCUGCCAUGGAGAGCAGCCCGCAGGGAGCUCGCUGAAGGUCAAGUCGACUUUUCGGCCUCAACGGGACCGCUCGGGACCCUCCGCCGUGCGUACGUGUGUGUCGGGCGCGUAGCUGAGGAGCGGUGGCUGGGUAAUGGGCGCUUGCGGGACACGUGCGCGCGACGCUGCUCAGUGUUAUCGGAACGUCGCUAAUUCCUGCUGCCCACCCGAAGCCAUGGGGGAGGUUUGUUCACAGAAUCCACGUGAGAGCCUCGCCGCACGCCAGGCCGACCUCUGAGUUUGACCUCUGAGCUCCCCCGAGAAGGCCGGCGCCCCGCUCUCGGCGACAUGGCCAACAGCUCGUUCCGCGCCUCCAAACAUGGCCGCCGCGGCUCGGCCUACCUGGAGGCCGAGUUCAGCUGCUCGCUCCAGGAGCUGCGCUCGCUCAUGGAGCUGCGGGGCGACGACGCCCACGACAGGAUCCGACAGAACUACUGCGACGUCAACGGACUCUGUGCCAGACUCAGGACCUCCACUCUCGAAGGUCUGGACGGUUCGUGGGAGGACCUGGAGCGUCGGCGGCAGGCGUUCGGCCCCAACGUCACCCCCCCCAAGAAGCCAAAAACCUUUGUGCAGUUAGUGUGGGAGGCGCUGCAGGAUGUGACGCUCAUCAUCCUGGAGGUGGCCGCCAUCAUUUCACUUGGCCUUUCUUUCUACCGACCGCCGCACGCCGACAGGGACAGUUGCGGGAGCGCGGCGGGCAGCGUGAGCGACGAGGGCGAGUCGGAGACGGGCUGGAUCGAGGGUGCGGCCAUCCUGCUGUCGGUGGCGUGCGUGGUGCUGGUGACGGCCUUCAACGACUGGAGCAAAGAGAAACAAUUCCGAGGCCUCCAGAGUCGCAUCGAGCAGGAGCAAAAGUUCAGCGUGCUGCGCGCGGGGCAGCUGGCGCAAGUCAAAGUGUCGGACAUCGUCGUGGGCGACAUUGCGCACGUCAAAUAUGGCGACCUCCUCCCCGCCGACGGCAUCCUCAUCCAAGGCAACGACCUGAAGAUCGACGAGAGCUCCCUGACCGGCGAGUCGGACCACGUCAAGAAGAGCGCAGACAAAGAUCCUAUGUUGCUCUCAGGCACUCACGUUAUGGAGGGCUCGGGCAAGAUGGUGGUGACGGCGGUGGGCGUGAAUUCUCAGACGGGCAUCAUCUUCGCGUUGCUCGGCGCCAGCGAGGAAGCAGGCGACGGAGACGAUGACAAGGGUGACAAGGAGAAGAAGAAGAAAAAGGAGGAGCGCAAGAAGAGGGAGAAAAAGGACAAGAAAAGUAAAAAAGACGAAAAAGGAAAGAAAGGGAAGAGCAAAGACGGCGCGCCCGUGGAGAUGGAACCGCUCAACGAGGAUGCCGAACCAGAGAAGAAGAAAAGCAACAUGAGGAAGAAGGAGAAGUCGGUCCUCCAAGGGAAGCUGACCAAGCUGGCCGUGCAGAUCGGCAAAGCAGGCCUCUUCAUGUCAACGCUGACCGUCAUCAUCCUCAUCGUUCGCUUUGUCAUGGACACCUUCUGGAUUCAGGGCAUUCCCUGGACCAGCGAGUGCGUGCCCAUCUACAUGAAGUUCUUGGUCAAGUUCUUCAUCAUCGGCGUGACCGUGCUGGUGGUAGCUGUGCCUGAAGGUCUUCCUCUGGCCGUCACCAUCUCCCUGGCCUACUCUGUCAAGAAAAUGAUGAAGGACAACAACUUGGUGCGCCACCUGGACGCCUGCGAGACGAUGGGCAACGCCACAGCCAUCUGCUCCGACAAGACCGGCACGCUGACCAUGAACCGCAUGACGGUGGUCCAGGCCUACCUGGCCGGAUGCUACCACAAGAAGGUGCCCGAGCCUAGCCUGGUACACGCCAAAGUCCUGGACCUGCUGGUUCUCGGGAUUGGGGUCAACUGCGCCUACACCACUAAGAUUAUGCCCCCCGAAAAGGAGGGCGGUCUUCCUCGCCAGGUGGGCAACAAGACAGAAUGUGCCUUACUGGGACUGAGCGUGGACCUGCAGCGGGACUACCAGAGCAUCCGCAACGACAUUCCCGAGGAGAAGCUCUUCAAGGUGUACACCUUCAACUCGGUCAGGAAGUCCAUGAGCACCGUGCUCAAGAACCACGACGGCAGCUAUCGCAUGUUCAGCAAGGGAGCGUCCGAGAUCCUGCUCAGGAAGUGCUGCAAGAUCCUGACGGAAAAUGGCGUGGCCAAAGCCUUCAAGCCUCGCGACCGAGAGAAGCUGAUGAAGACAGUGAUCGAGCCCAUGGCCUCCGAGGGCCUAAGGACCAUCUGUCUCGCCUACCGAGACUUUACUGCUGCCGACCAGCCUGACUGGGACGACGAGGCAGACAUCCUCACUGGACUCACCUGCAUCGCUGUGGUCGGCAUUGAAGACCCUGUCAGACCUGAGGUGCCGGACGCCAUCAGGAAGUGCCAGCGCGCGGGCAUUACGGUGCGCAUGGUGACGGGAGACAACAUCAACACGGCGCGCGCCAUCGCCAGCAAGUGCGGCAUCCUGCAGCCCGGAGACGACUUCCUGUGCCUGGAGGGCAAAGAGUUCAACAGACGCAUACGCAACCAGCUGGGCGAGAUCGAGCAGGAGCGUAUUGACAAAAUCUGGCCCAAACUCAGAGUCCUCGCCCGGUCAUCACCCACCGACAAACACACCCUGGUCAAAGGCAUCAUCGACAGCGCGGUGCUGGAGCAGAGGCAGGUCGUCGCGGUAACCGGAGACGGCACCAACGACGGACCCGCCCUCAAGAAGGCCGACGUCGGAUUCGCCAUGGGCAUCGCGGGGACGGACGUGGCGAAGGAGGCGUCGGACAUUAUCCUGACGGACGACAACUUCAGCAGCAUCGUCAAGGCGGUCAUGUGGGGGAGGAACGUCUACGACAGCAUUUCCAAGUUCCUGCAGUUCCAGCUCACCGUCAACGUGGUGGCCGUCAUCGUGGCCUUCACCGGCGCCUGCGUCACGCAGGACUCCCCCCUGAAGGCGGUGCAGAUGCUGUGGGUCAACCUGAUCAUGGACACGUUCGCCUCGCUGGCGCUGGCCACCGAGCCGCCCACCGAGGCGCUGUUGCUGCGCAGCCCGUACGGACGCAGCAAGCCGCUCAUCUCGCGCACCAUGAUGAAGAACAUCCUGGGCCACGCCGUCUACCAGCUGACCGUCAUCUUCACGCUGCUCUUCGUCGGUGAGCUGCUGCUGGACGUGGACUGCGGCCGCAACGCGCCGCUGCACGCGCCGCCGUCGGAGCACUACACCAUGGUGUUCAACACGUUCGUGCUCAUGCAGCUCUUCAACGAGAUCAACGCCCGCAAGAUCCACGGCGAGAGGAACGUCUUCGAGGACGUCCUCGACAACCCCAUCUUCUGCUCCAUCUUGCUCGGAACCUUCGUCAUUCAGGUGCUGAUCGUGCAGUUCGGCGGCAAACCCUUCAGCUGCGUGAGCCUCAGCGUGGAGCAGUGGCUCUGGUGCAUCUCGCUGGGCUUCGGCAGCCUCCUGUGGGGCCAGCUGGUGUCCAGCGUGCCGACCCGCUGGCUGAAGUUCCUGAAGACGGCGGGCCACGGCACCAAGCAGGAGGAGAUCCCAGAGGAGGAGCUGGAGGAGAUGAAGGACCCCGACGAGAUCGACCACGCCGAGAUGGAGCUGAGGAGGGGCCAGGUGCUCUGGUGCCGGGGCCUGCAGCGCAUUCAGACACAGAUACGCGUGGUGAACGCCUUCCGCGACAGCGUGUCCCCGUACGAGAACCUGGAGACCCCCGAGUCUCGCAGCUCCAUCCACAACUUCAUGAGCCACCCCGAGUUCCGCAUCGACGAUUCGGAGCCUCACAUCCCGCUCAUCGACGAGCUGGAGGCCGAAGACGACGCGGCCGCCAAGCGCAACUCCGUGCCGGUCCCCAACAACACCGCCCCAGAGCGCCCCCUACUGCCACCUCCGCUCCCUGCCCGUGCCGCGGGUUUAAUCUCCGCCAACUCCGCGGGUCUGCCACCCUGUCCCGGAAGUCCACUGCACAGCCUGGAGACCUCGCUCUGAAGCAAAAAGAAAACAGUCUCCUGAUUGGCUCACAACCAGGAAGCAACGUUCUUUGCGUUACUCGGCGUGAACUCUCGCACGUGUGCUCUAGCGGAAGGUGAUCCGUAAUCAAUAAGCACUUAGAUAUUAAUGUGAUGGAUCUGUGACUUUGUGUUUGUAGACAGCCACGUUGGUUGGUGAUUUAAUUGUAUUGUUUUGUGUUUUUUUGUAAAGAAAAAAAAGAGGCUUUUAGGUCGUGGUAUUCACUAUCCAAAUGAAGGAAAAUGUUCCAAUGCAUUCUUAAAUGUACAAAUUUGAUGUAAAACAAAAAACAAACAUUUUUCUUCAUUGAACAUGUCAUAUUCACUGUCAUUUAUGAUUUCAUUUUUAUAUAUGGAAUAUGAAUUGUAUAUUUAGUCAUGCAAAAAAUGGAUUUGAAUGGAAUAUUUUCAGUGUGUUUUCAUGUGUACAUUUUUUUAUUCACUGGCUGUUCCUUUUUAAAUAAAUAGCUUUUCUCUGUUUUA